AUGGAUCUACCAGUACACACAAAUGCUACUGUCAUUGCACUGCGGGUCCUGCUCGAAUCUUUAUUAUUGUUGACUAACGGUGUGAAAGAGCACCACCUCAACUGACCUAUUGCACUUUUUGCUUUUAACAUUAGAAGGAGUAUGCCCUACUACUGAGAAGGAUACAAAAAGAUGCAAAUGAAUUCACUUAGAAGUGGGAUUUCGGAAGAUAGCACAGACUGACCCACAUACUGAGGCCUAACACUGAUCGUAUCGACUUUUCCUUUAAUGAUAAACUGAAAAUUAAGCUCCAUUCAUUUGUUAUUUACCUUUUUUUGCUUCAUUGACUCAAUAUUUGAGCCUCGAUUAUCCUGAAUUAAAGCUAACACAUUUGUUUUAGCCGAGGGGCCACCUUUUAGGACAUAGCUCAGGUUAUACCAUAGGUCUUGAUCCGUCUGUAACCAGUCAAUGACCAGUGUGAAGUCAAAGAGAUUAUACCCCAGGGGAUACAUUAUGCAUGCCUAAAGAGUCUAAUUAGGAUCUCGUUAAGUUGAUCUCCCCCUGUCAAAAGAUAGAUCUUGUCCUGUGUGUGAGGGACAGUGACAAAGGAUGAUUCAGCUUCACAGAGGUUGAGAUCAAGGUGGUUUUGACUUGUCCCGGGUCUAGGAAUUAUAUCCUUCGCAAUGUCUGUCACCAUUUUAUACUGCUCAUUGGUGGCCCUGGUGUUUCUUAUUCUAUGGAAAUUCACUGUGCUCAAGACCUUUAUACUGAACCUCUGGGAGGCACUGACCAUCAGCAGCUACUACGUGUGCCAUGCAGUGGUGCGCACUUUACAGAGAGUGGUUUGGUCCUGCAACGGCGUAAAAGAUCAUAUGGUCAUGGCAGAGUAUGGGGCAGUCUACGAAAGCUGUGUGCAGGUUCAACGCAUCAUUCACCGUGGCCGCUUCUCUACCAUGAACCAUCCCCGGCCCUGGGAUUUUAUCGGUCUGCACGAGAACUUCACUCACCCACAGGUGCUGCUCAGCCCGUACGUCAGUUUGUACUGUGUCACCGAGACUCAUGCCUACUUCUUACAGCACCCCGAUGAUGUGGACGUGCACCACUCACGCACCAGUCCCUUCAUGUACAUGGCACAGUUUGAGCACGCUAUCACGCUCUACUGUAUCCCUCUGGGACACUUUCACAAACUGGCAGAUGAAGUGGGUAACCCCCAAAUCCCCGUCAUCUGGAUCUCUAACACCGGCCGGUGUGGCUCUACUUUGCUCGUGCAGAUGUUGGAGAAUGUCCCAGGUACUCGCUGCAUGUCCGAGCCAGAUGCACUGACCAACAUCAGCCUCAUGGACAGAGCGGAGCAAAUGAGUAAAGAAGGCAUCAACAAGGCCCUCUGCAGCACUAUCAGAAUGUUGUGUAAGCCUGCGCCCGGCAUCCAGCGAAUCGCUAUCAAGUCUAGGUUCAACUGCGUCACGGAGGUAGACCAGGUCAUUCAACUCUUCCCAGAGUUCCAUCAUUUGUACAUGUACAGAAACAUGGGCAAUAUCAUGAAGUCCUAUUACAAGUUCCUUCACAGAGAUCUGGUCAUGUGCAUGCUUGAGUGGCUUGUGAACAACAAUCUUGUCUCUCGACUAAUUCCUUAUGUCAGGAACUAUCUUGUCCAUUUCAUUGCUGGAGAGGAGAGCAAGAAGAGGGCAGUCCGACAUCUUGCUGACGUCAACUUUAUGGGUUACGUCACCACGUUUGUUGGUUCAUGUGUCGUAGAAUUCCAGAGGCUUCUAGAAACAAAGGCAAUCAGCAUGCCCACUCUUCACUACAACGACCUAAUGCGUCGUCCGGUGGAAGUGACCACCGAGAUGUUUGAGUUGCUGUCACUGCCGUCUCACUACGUGCAAAUGGCGCUCACGGCCAUGCAGCACGACACUCAGAAGGGUACAAUCCUCAGCAACAUCAGCAACAGCAGCAACAACUUGAGGAAAAUGACAGGACAAGAUGUACGAGACAUGAACGUCAUGCUGUCUGUGUUGGGUCUUCCGGACAUGAAUGAAGAGUUAAGACUGCCUAACGGAAUAUGCGGGUAGUGUGAGGACAAUACAAGGGAU